GAGAGCCGCUUCAGAGCCUCCUCCACCUCCAGCUGUCCCCUCUCCUCCCCAGAGUCCCAGAGCCUUGGGGGAAAGGGUGAGCAGGUCCCUCCCGACCCGGCUACCUCCAGGAGCUUCACAGAGGUGGAAGAGACCAGUGCAUCCUCAGAGCCAGAAGAGGGCACCCCAAGAGGAGGCAGCACGUCCAUGGCACAGCCGGAGAGCAGCCCCCCAGGAGCAGCCAGUGCAGACGGACAGACCCCACAGAUCUUCCCCUGGAUGAGGAAACUGCACAUCAGUCACGAUAUGACAGGUCCUGAUGGGAAGCGGGCGAGGACAGCCUAUACCCGUUACCAGACGCUGGAGCUGGAGAAAGAAUUCCAUUUUAACAGGUACCUGACCCGCAGGAGAAGGAUUGAGAUAGCCCAUGCCUUGUGUCUGUCCGAGCGCCAGAUCAAGAUCUGGUUUCAAAAUCGAAGGAUGAAAUGGAAAAAAGACAAUAAACUGAAGAGUAUGAACCUGGCCACAGCAGGGAGUGCCUUCCAGCCCUGA